CUUCACUACCACGACAGAGAGUAGAAAAACUACCUUCCUACCAACCUACUAAAUAUCAAUCAACCCGCUAUGCCAAUCCAACCCCACCACCACCACCACCAAGGAGAACAACAGCGACCCAAGGAGAUGAAAUGAAAUAACCUAUAUCCCCUCCCAUCACACGCCCACUCUCAAACUUCUCUCGACCAUUUUGACGAACAAAAGCAGAAAAAAAGACAAGUCGCAUCAUUCCCAGUCUUGAUCUUUGCUUUAUCUUUGAAUGGAAAAGGAAUUACCAAUCCUCACCCCCUUUGACGUGUCCCGUGCACUACCACAAGAUUGCAUCCUUUCCAAGGGGAGGAAAAUGUCUUUGCGACUUAUCACAAUCGAUGAGACCGCAGAAACAAUCGGAGAGGAAAUUUCUUUUUUUGAUUUCCAAUAUCAAACAAAGUCCCCUUCUCACUUCCCCCUUCGAUGCGUUUUUGUUUUAGGAAAAGAAAAAAGGAAACAAAAAGUUGUACUCGCCCCAAAAAACGUUCCACACCCUCUUGUGCAACAUCUCAAAAAUAAUAGGCAAGAAAGAAAAUUCCCUCUCUCAAAUUGAUACCCAGACCCCAAAAAACAAAAGAGUCGUUUCCGAUGCAUGACCGCGUAACUAGACAGAAACAAACAGAGAGAAACAAGAACAGAAUUGACAGCUAUCCACGCUAUCAGACAGCAGGCAAACUCGGCCGCGCGUACUAACAUGGAGAUAUCGAUAUCAAUAUAUAACAGGAGAUUUUGGCGCCGUCCGGACAGUGCUGAAUGGAAAUCGAGAAGGAUUCCAGAUUUUCGGCGGAAUUCAACAAGAUGGUGCAAGAUUUAGAUUUCUAGGGAAGGCAUCAAGGUCAUUCAAACUGUUACAGGAAGGGCUUUGUUCGUCAACUUU